GUCGCCCACCAAAUGAAAAAACAGUAAUCUGUAAUGUCGGCAAUGUGUAAAUUGUAAACACGCCUGUUUUUCGUUUAUUAAUUAAAACAAUACUCAAACCGUCCAAAAAUCACGUAGAAAAUGACGAUUUUAACGCAAUUCGUGUGCCUUACCACAGCCUUAGUUUUAUUUAUGUUUCUUCAAGAAGGUUGGGCAAUAAAAUGCUGGGAUUGUCGAUCAGACGCCGACCCCAAAUGUGCAGACCCCUUCGAUAACACGACGUUUGCAAUCACCGACUGCAAACAACAACGUCUAGAUUUUAUGCCCGAUGUUAAGGCAACAAUGUGCCGAAAAAUCCGCCAGAAAUUCCACGGUGUUUGGAAGUAUAUCAGAAGUUGCGCAUAUCUGGGGGAACCAGGAAUACAAGGGGACGAGCGUUUCUGUUUACUCAGAACAGGGACUUACAACAUAUUUAUGGAAUAUUGCACAUGUAACACCAAAGACGGAUGCAAUUCGGGGGCAAAGUUGCAAACCUCGCUUCUUUUGUUCUCUCUGCCGUUAUUUCUGUAUAUUAUUUUAAAAUAGUUGUAAGAUCUGACUAUUUAUUUUUUGUGUUCUUAAAAUCAAACCGUCCGUUUUUCACAUAUUUUGUAAGUUGUUUUAAUAAAUAAUCCGAAAAUAUGUAA